AUGAAUGUCCUGCACCCAAAAGAUGGGAUAAAGGUGGAUGAGAAGAAGUACUACUGGUGUACCAGGAACUUUGAUGCCCCCAUGCAAUGGAGAGCAUUUGAAAUCUACAUGUUCCUUCUCGUCUUCGUCGUCCCCGGCUUGAUCAUGACCCUUUCCUACACGGCCAUCUGCAGAGAAGUAGGAAAGGUGAUGAGGGCCCGGGCACACAUGACCAACGGCACCGGCUCCAUGUAA